AUGGCGAUGACCCUGUCAUCACGUCCCUUCACCUGGUCUUUUCACAUGGAGGGGCCCGUCAUUGUCCUGCUAUUGCUGUGUUUUAAUAGUUCACUCGGGUUCAUUAGUGCUCAGACAACAGAUAAACCUCCUGAUGAUGCAAAGAAUAUCUCAUGGAAACCACUGAACGCCACAGCAAACAAAACCCCGAUGUGUUCUGGACCAGCACGGAUCAAAGACGCCUUCAAAUACAUCAACAGCAUUGUCUCAUGUUUCGUAUUCCUGUUCGGGAUGGUUGGAAACCUGACUCUCCUGAGAAUAAUCAAAGAACACAAAUGCAUGAGAAAUGGACCCUAUAUUCUCAUCGGCAGUCUGGCUUUAGGCGACAUUUUGCACAUCUUGAUUGGCAUACCCAUCAAUGUUUAUAAGCUCCUGGCGGUGGACUGGCCUUUUGGUGUCCUGCUCUGUAAACUGGUGCCGUUUAUUCAGAAAACCUCCGUUGGGAUAACGGUACUGAGCCUGUGCGCUCUGAGCAUAGACAGGUACAGAGUCGUUGCAUCCAGGAGUCGUAUCAAAGGUCUUGGUUUUCCCAAAUGGACUGCUAUCAAACUGUCUUUAAUAUGGACAAUAUCAACAUUGCUGGCUGUUCCGGAGGCCGUCGCGUUUGAUUUGAUUACGAUGGAUUACAGAGGCGAGCAUCUGCGGAUAUGCCUCCUUCAUCCUGUACAAUCCACUACAUUCAUGCAGUUUUGUAAAAUGGCCAAAGACUGGUGGCUCUUUGGGUUUUAUUUCAUCGUGCCGUUGGCGUGCACCGCUGUCUUUUACUCGCUGAUGACUUGGAGGAUCUUAAGCGGAAGCGUUAAGAAGUUGGACAAACACAUAAAGCAGAGACAUGAAGUGGCCUGGACGGUUUUCUGUCUGGUUCUUGUGUUUGCAAUUUGCUGGUUUCCUCUUCACCUCAGCAGGAUCCUCAAGUUAACCAUCUAUGAUGAACACGAUCCCAACAGAUGCAAAUUACUGAGCACGUUUCUUGUUCUCGACUACAUCGGCCUCAACAUGGCGUCUGUGAACUCGUGCAUCAACCCAAUGGCUCUGUAUGUGGUCAGCAAAAGAUUCAAAAACUACUUCAAGGCCACUCUCGUCGGUUGCUGUCGUUCAUCCGAACCCGUCCUCACUCAGGAAGAGAAGCAAAGUUUCAUGAGGUCAAAGGUCACGGAGCCGCCGUCUGACAACAGCAACUCUGUCAAACAAGAGACGGCAUCCGGUGACAACGAGAGAAAAACCUUUCUUCAGAAAUGCACUUGUCUUAGAACGUGA